CUUUAACGAGGUCACAGAUACUAUAUUAGAAAAGUAAGAAUAUGUCUACCACAGAAGACCAAAUGAAUGUCAUUUCACUUUAACGUCAACAGAUCACCGUCCUUUUUCAUCCCAUUUUGCUCCAACACAAACAAGGUCAAGAUGGGAAGACGACCAGCUAGAUGUUAUCGGUACUGCAAAAACAAACCGUAUCCCAAAUCACGGUUUUGCAGAGGUGUGCCAGAUCCUAAAAUCCGUAUCUUUGACUUGGGCAAGAAAAAAGCUGGAGUCGAAGAUUUUCCACUAUGCGUUCAUUUAGUAUCAGAUGAAUAUGAGCAGCUCAGUUCUGAGGCUCUUGAAGCAGGACGUAUUUGUUGCAACAAAUACCUUGUUAAACAUUGUGGUAAAGAUCAGUUCCAUAUCCGUAUGAGGCUGCAUCCAUUCCAUGUUAUCAGAAUCAACAAGAUGUUGUCCUGUGCCGGAGCUGAUAGGCUCCAAACUGGUAUGAGAGGUGCUUUUGGGAAACCUCAGGGUACUGUUGCUAGGGUUCACAUUGGACAGCCCAUCAUGAGCGUCCGAUCCUCAGAUAGGUUCAAGGCUCAAGUUAUUGAGGCUUUGAGGCGUGCCAAGUUCAAGUUCCCUGGUCGUCAAAAGAUCUACGUCUCCAAAAAGUGGGGUUUCACCAAAUAUGAGAAAGAUCAGUAUGAGCAACUGAAAAAUGAGGGAAGGUUGCAACCUGAUGGUAGUAAUGUUAAAUAUAGGCCUGAGCAUGGACCAUUGAAUGAUUGGAAGAAGGUACAAGAACAACUGAAGAGGGAAAACUAAUAUUAGUUUGACUUGAAUAAAUCAUUUGAUUUAAA